AUGAGUAUCGUAAAUGAUGAUCGGAGUUUUCUCUUGACUAAGAUUACUAUUCAGACCAACCAGGCGGAACCUUGUACGGAAAAUUGCUACGUUAGUGUUGUUUACGAGAACGUGAAAAUUAUCAUUGAGAUUUGCGGCAUCGAACAGCCCGGCAUCUGUCAUCGCUUUACGUAUGAUCUAAACCAAUAUAAUGACCUGAAGGACCGGCAUGGCUUGAACGUUAGCAUGGCAGAGUUUCCUGGCUAUCUGGAACAAGUUUUAAGACUGACCAACGUUGAUCGCGAACGCUCCAUGGAACGCUCGACCGUAGACCGUUCCGUGGGUGACCAGGCAGUUGACACGAUGUGUUCGGAACGGAAGGACGCCACAUGGUACUCUCUAAAACUAAUUAGCAACUCUGUCGGCACUUCUGUCGGCACUUCGGUCGGAGCUGCUACUCACAGCUCAAAUGGUAUUGGGUCUCACAAUCCCUCCAUGAUCACCCUGUUGAUAACGGAGCAUCGACUCCAUCGCAAUCUUCCUUUCUUGUCUCUGGAGAGCGAUGUGCUAUCUAGCGCUGCUAGCUUGCCACUCUGGCUGUCUAUGGAAUGCGUCAGACGCUGGAGAUUCUCGGAGUGUCUCUGCAGGUGGCUAGAGAUCAAGGAUUUCCAACGAGCGCAACAAAUUCAAUAUCAUAUGGAUGAUGUCGAGCGCUUUGAAUCUACUAUCAAAAACCUCGAACUGCAACAAAAUGAGAGUCAAUCCACCAUAAAAACGCAGAUUACGAGCAUAGGAGAACUCACGAACCGAUCUAAUCAACUUGCGCAGGAAAAAGAUGUCCUUAGCGAUCAAUUAAAAAUUGCAGACACGCGUGUGCUAAAUACUCAAAAUGAAUUAGACAACUUGAAAUGCAAGUUUGACAAGCUGCUGGCGACUUCGGAGGCGUCAGAUAAAAGUAAGGCGUAUGAGAUCGAUUCCCUGAGGCAAGAGAUCGCGACUCAGAGAAGGGAAUUGGACAUAAACAGCGCAAGAUUUGCUAAGUCAUCUGAAAUGGAAACGGAGCUAAUCUCCAUCCGUGGCAGGAUGGAGGUCAUGAGAGCUGACUAUCAAAGGCUCCAACUUCUGGAGCAAGAGAAUGGAGCACGUAUCGCUCGGGACACUGAACAGAUUUCUGAGCUUCAGGGUCAGUGCGACCGUCUCCGAGAAUUGGUUGCCACAGCCGAGCAACGGAAUGAGGAGUUACAAGAGAGCGAGAAGAAUGUGAAGAUCCUGCAACAGCAGAGCGCUGACCAGAGCCGAGAAAUCGUAAAGCUGAGAGAUCAGAAUACCCAGCUACUCGCACAAGUCGAUAACCUCAAAUUGGAAAUGCGAAAGCUCAAUCUGCACGUGGCCAAACGGUUAUUGCAGAACACCAGCAUCAUUAACAAGAGCGACGAGCCUCCGCCACGCCAGUUCAUGGCAGAAGACGACGCCGACAAUGACUAUGACGCCGCGGACGAAAGCUCGUCCUCUGGACCGACCCCGGACAUUCCUGGCCGCAGAAGUGUUGGCCGAUUCGGUGCAGACCACCCACGAGGGACUCGCCUGGACGGUCGCCAAGACGCCGGUCGCCAGGUAAGUAAGAAAGCAGUGGAUAGACCCGAGGUUGCGCUGAAUCCCACUAGUUCAGUGUUGACUGUGGGAGUCUACGGUAGCGACCCACGUUUAACCGGUUACGACUCUUACACACAGCCAGAGUCUUACACACAGCCGGAGUCUUACGCUCAACCAGACACAAGCGACAUGGCCGAGUUACGCAGCGACUCCAACGCGUUGCGUUACGAUGAGAGCGCGUUGGAGCCAGGGGAUGCACGCACAGAGGCGCGUAAGAAAAAAAUCGAGAACAGCGACGAGGACUACAUUUGCUCUGACGAAGACAGUGAGCCGACGUUUAUCGACUCUCGCUGGAAACGCCACUCGAAUGUGGUCGAUGGCCAUCCUAACCUAGCGGAUGGCCCAAAUCUAGUCGACGGUCACAGAGACAUGGAGAGAACUACCGCCUGA